CUCCGCCAUACUUACACCCGCCUUAAGCUUUAUACUAGCAUCUAGAUCCUGAUUGGCAUCCUAACAAGCCUCUACUCCACCAUGCCCUUCGACUUCACCGGCAAAAUCAUCGCCGUUUCCGGCGCCGCAUCCGGCAUCGGCUUCGCAACCGCGCAAUACCUCUACUCCGCCGGAGCCUCCCUCUCCCUCACCGACGUCCGCGAAGACGCCCUCAAAGCAGCCACCGAACGCCUCGUGACCGCGCCCUCACCGACAACAGACAAACAGCUACAAGCCAAGUCCGCAGACAGAAGCACCCUCCCCGGCGCCGUCAACGCAAAACCAGACUCCAGCACCAUCGUCCACGACGCCCCGCGCCUCCUCGCCAUGACCGCCAACGUCGCCAACUCCGCCCACGUCGACGCCUGGAUCGCCAGAACGGUUGAGAAGUUUGCGAAGUUGGAUGGCGCGGCGAAUAUGGCGGGCGUCAGCUCGAGAGCCGCGGGUGUCCAUCCGAUUACUGAGGUCAGCGACGAGGACUGGGCGUUCAACAUCGAUAUUAAUCUCACUGGCACGUUCUACUGCAUGCGCGCCCAGCUGCGCGCCGUGCAAACAUCAUCCGCCGGCAGCGGCAACGGCAAAACGAACGCCAGCAUCGUCAACGCAUCGUCCAUCUACGGCAUCCAAGGCAAAGCAUGCAGUGCGGACUACAGCGCCGCGAAGCACGGCGUCGUGGGGCUGACGCGCAGCGUGGCAAAGGAGUUUGGGGGAAAGGGGAUUAGGGUGAAUUGCGUGGCGCCGGGGAUAAUAGAUACGCCGAUGGUGCAGAAUCUGAGCCCGGAGUUUCUGGAGGGGCAUAAUCGGACGCUGCAGUUUGAGCAGAGUCUGCAUCGGAUGGCGGAUGCGGAGGAGAUUGCGAGGGUUAAUGCAUUUUUGUUGAGUGGGGAGAGUAGUUUUGUUACUGGGGCGGUGUAUGUGGCGGAUGGGGGGCAGGUUUGCUGAGGCUGGGGGAGGAGGGAUGAGGAAGUUCGAGUGGAAUGUGGUUUAUGUGAGUGCUGUGAGUAUCACGACUGGAUUGAGCUGCCCAGCGGAAAGCUUUUCUAUCAAUCCGG